GUUUUGUGCUGCACAUGUGUCCAGAUGUUGGUGCUGCGGCUGACCUGGCUGCUGAACACGACGUCAGACCAACGUGCGCUCAGCACAGGAGACACCAGAGCUUCACUCCCUCUUCCAUUUUCUACACGCAACUCCAAACCGCCGCCACCCACAAGCUAAACUUUCUCAUUUUACCCCCUUUUUUCCAGCCUCAUCUUUCUCUCAAAGGCGUCAUCUAGUCAUUUUUGUGCCUUUUUUUUUUUUUUUUACUGCCGCCGCCUGCUUCACCAUCUCCCCAUCGAGGAGCGGACUUAAGGUGGAGGAUCAAUGAAGGCGCGCACGUCGUCUCAUCACCUUCUCUAGAAGAAGGUGGGGGUGUUUUUUUCGUUCCCUUUUGGCGGCGCAUCCAUCAUCCAAGAAGAUCUGAACUUGGCUUGAGGAACAUGACGAGCAGGCAGUAAAAAAAAAACAAAACAAAACCAAAAAAAACAGACUAGAAUAACAGCAGCGGCGGCAGCGCGGGCCUACAAGAGACUGGAUAUGGAGUCCAUGAGAACCAGGGCCACGGCGGGGAUGAAGGAUCUGGCGGGGAAGACCCUGGGCCACAUGCACAGGGUGAUGGAGAAGAGGCAGAAGGGCGGGGAGGUCAUCGAGCUGACGGAAGACGGGCGGCCCCGGGAGGCCGCGGAGAAGAAGCCCCCGCUGUGCGACUGCAAGUGCUUCGGCCUGCCGCGCCGCUACAUCAUCGCCAUCAUGAGCGGCCUGGGCUUCUGCAUCUCCUUCGGCAUCAGGUGUAACCUGGGCGUGGCCAUCGUGGGCAUGGUCAACAACAGCACCAUCCACCAGAACGGAAAGAUCAUCAUCAAGGAGAAAGCCAAGUUCAACUGGGAUCCAGAGACGGUGGGGAUGAUUCAUGGAUCUUUUUUCUGGGGGUACAUUGUGACUCAAAUCCCAGGAGGGUACAUCUCCUCCAGGCUGGCUGCAAACAGGGUGUUUGGUGCAGCCAUUGUCCUAACGUCAACACUCAACAUGUUUAUUCCCUCGGCUGCUCGUGUCCAUUAUGGCUGUGUCAUUUUCGUUAGGAUAUUACAAGGGCUGGUGGAGGGAGUCACCUACCCAGCCUGUCACGGCAUUUGGAGUAAAUGGGCUCCUCCACUUGAAAGGAGCCGUCUGGCCACCAUCUCGUUCUGUGGCUCCUACGCUGGUGCUGUGAUUGCAAUGCCUCUGGCUGGGAUCCUGGUUCAAUACACAGGCUGGUCCUCAGUAUUUUAUGUCUAUGGAUGCGUUGGCAUUUUUUGGUACAUGUUUUGGAUACUCGUGUCCUAUGAGAGCCCUGCUGAACAUCCGACCAUCACUGACGAGGAGCGCUGCUACAUUGAGGAGAGCAUUGGAGAGAGUGCCAUGUUAAUGGGUCCUGCUGAGAAAUUCAAGACACCCUGGAAAAAGUUCUUCACCUCUAUGCCCGUCUAUGCAAUCAUCGUGGCCAACUUCUGCAGGAGCUGGACAUUUUACCUGCUGCUUAUCAGCCAACCUGCCUACUUUGAAGAAGUGUUUGGCUUUGAGAUCAGCAAGGUUGGCAUACUGUCUGCACUGCCCCACUUGGUGAUGACCAUCAUUGUGCCCUUUGGCGGCCAGCUGGCGGACUACCUGCGCAGCAAGAACAUCCUGUCAACAACAACAGUCAGGAAAAUCAUGAACUGUGGAGGAUUUGGCAUGGAGGCUACAUUGCUGCUAGUGGUAGGAUACUCCCACAGCAAAGGGGUGGCCAUCUCCUUCCUGGUGCUGGCAGUGGGCUUCAGUGGAUUUGCUAUAUCAGGCUUCAAUGUCAAUCAUCUGGAUAUCGCUCCCCGCUAUGCCAGCAUCCUCAUGGGCAUCUCAAAUGGAGUGGGUACCCUGUCUGGCAUGGUGUGUCCUCUGAUUGUUGGUGCUAUGACAAAAAACAAGACACGGGAAGAGUGGCAGUAUGUGUUCCUAAUCGCCUCCAUGGUGCACUAUGGGGGCGUUGUGUUCUACGGCAUCUUUGCAUCAGGGGAAAAACAGCCAUGGGCCGACCCCGAGCUCACCAGUGAAGAGAAGUGCGGCUUCAUCGACGAGGACGAGCUGGCCGAGGAGACGGGUGACAUCACGCAGGGUUACGCCGCUCAAGGAGGUCCCGCCAAGUCGUACGGUGCCACCACACAGGUGAAUGGAGGCUGGGCCGCCAGCUGGGAGAAGACCGAGGAGUACGUGCAAGAAGAGUCCCAGGGAGGAGGCUAUGGAUACAGGCAGGAGGAGGGCUACUCAUAGACCAAACACACAACACACACCGAUACAUGUGUAGACGUCUUGAGUGUGUGUCAAUUUAGUCCAAAAUAAUAUCAUCAAAUUAGAAAGAUAAAAAAGAUAAAUCACAAUCUAUUGUUGUGUUUGCACAAGAAGUAUCAGCUUAAUGUAUAAACAAAAAAAUAUACUAAACUGUAUUUGAUCAAAUUGGCAGUAAAUGUAUUAUUAUGCAUAUGGGUAAUAGAUAUCAUUAUUUGGAGUGAAACUGUCUUUUAAUGUGAAAAUCCUCAUCAGCAAAGGCUUCCUGAAGAACGAGAGAUGCCCGUAUAGGGUUCCCAUCAUUAAUCACAUGACCUGCUUCUGGUUCGAGUACCACACACUGCAGCUCAGACAUUAGCGUCUAUACAUGUACCACUGCACAGCAUUGUAAACUGACCACCGUUGAUUGUACCGUAUCACUCCUAAAAGCACACUUUUUUUGGUUCCUCACUCGGACAUUUGAUGUAUGGCAAUGUGGUUUAUGUAUGGUAACACUGAAUUAAGGUAAAUGUGUCUCUUUCUGAUCCAUUUUGUGACAUGGUAAGAGAUGUUAGCAGUGUAGCGCAAGAGUCCUUAAAAGGUCCGACGUCAAACGAGCACAUAUAGAAAUAUGAGACAGGGAAGAUAAUCAUGUGUUUACAGCAUUUUUUUUUUGUCCAAAAAAACUCUCAUUGAAGGGCGCGUGUGCAAUGCAGAGACAAAUUAGCCAAAUGGUAUAACAGUAUCAAUAUAUUAGAGCAGCACAAUAUUAUAUGAAAAUAGAGGAUGCACAUGACUUAAAGCACAUUUUUAGUUAGUAUAAAUAUGAUAUAUUCCGGAAAGGUUGAAUCGAGGUAAAUGGUUUGUUGAAUGCAACGCGAGAUUGACAGGCGGAUUGAUGCAGCAUUUGCAGUGAUGCAGAUUCUGCAGCGGUCCGCUGUGGUGAAGAGGGAGUUGAGCCGAAAGGCAAAGCGUUCAGUUUACCGGUCGAUCUAUGUUCCCUCCCUACCCUAUGGUCAGGAGCUUUGAGCAGUGACCGAAAGGACAAGAUUGCGUGUACAAGUGGUCGAAAUGGGUUGUCUCUGUAGGGUGACUGGCCUCUCGCUUAGAGAUAAGGUGAGAAGCACUGUCAUCUGGGAGAAACUCGGAGUAGAACCGCUUCUCCUCUGCAUUGAGACGAGCCAGACGAGGUGGCUCGGUCGUCUGGUCAAGAUGCUUCACGGACAUCUCACGAGGGAGAUGUUCAGGGCAAGUCCGACAAGUAGGAGGCCUCGAGGAAGACCUAAGACGCUUUGGAGAAAUUAUUUCUCUCAACUCGCCUUGGGAACGCCUGGCGAUCUGCCAGGAGGAGCUGGACGAAGUAGCUGGCGAGAGGGAAGUCUGGGCAACCCGAUCUCAGAGAGCGGCUGAAGAUUCACCUUUAAUCCAAAAGGCUUCUGCAGUUCUACAUUUUUAGAUGUGGAGUCAUCCUAUUUAUGUCCCUGGUGUGUGUGUCUCUUGCGGGUGACCACAAUAGGGUUGUUGUUGUUUGUGGCUGUCCUGCCUAACAGUAGGUAAUUUGCCUUCCCUGAUGUGUAUCAAAGUCACUGCGGGUUCUUGUAGGCCACCGAUGGCAGAGAUGGGCGUGUAAAUGUGCAUGAAGCAUGCCUGGGUGGGCUCCAUGGAUGUGGGGAAGUGUAGGGGGGAGAGAUGUGCCUUCAGCAGGCCGUAAAGAGUGCCUGGAAGCCGGCCGAGAUCAGCGUGUAAACCACCAUUACGCAGGCCCAGGGCCGCUCCAGGGAGUUGGGGCAAAUGUAGCCUGGAAGUGGGCCUCCAGCAGGCCGUCAACAGUGUGUGGUGGCCGGCCAAAAUUGGCUUGACAACCACCGUUAUGCACCCCCAGAGGGACUCCAGGGAGGUGGGACAAGUGUAGUCUGGAAGUGGGCCACCAGCCAGCCGUCAAUAGUGCCUGGAAGCCGGCAUGGUCCAGUUUGCUCAGUUGUUGUUGUUGUUGACGAUGAUGAAGGAGGGACGGCGCUGCGCUUACUCGUCUUGAAUGCUGUGUCCCCUUGGCGGGCUUGGCAAAGACGUGCAGCGUGUUGUCUGAGGCAAGUCACCUGGUGAGGCAGCUGCUUGGAGUGGCUUUGAUUCCCCACCCCCCACCCCAGGCAGCUGGUUGGUGGCCACUCGUGGAAUGAGACAAUCUUUGGGGCAGACAUGUUUGGACAUUGUUGCAAGCAGAUGGCAAACUUCCUCUGAUUAGAGAGGGCCUUUCUUGUUCAAACCUCUUUCAAACCAGCGAUACUCCCUAUUCUUUCCUAUGUCCUAACAUCGCUCCCCCAAAGACUGUCUCAUUCUAUGGGACGGUCAGGGUGGUCAUUCACCAGCCAUCUUGGGUAACAACUUCAGAAGACUUUUGGAGUAAAGGUGAAACGUCUCCAACAAACUUGCCUCAAUUCAAUCUUUGCGGAUUACCAUGACCCUGGAUGACUGGGAAUAUUCACAGAUAUGUUAAUAGAUGAUGAAACAAAUGGAUGCUUUCAUACAAAUAGAUAGUAUAUAGCGACAUUCCAGUUCAAUACUUGAUGAUUUUCCAUCUAGGCACGUUGUCUAUAAGUGAUAAUACAGUUAAUACAUUUGAUUAAUUGGCCGAUCAUGUCUGAAACUCUCAGAGUAUUGAGCCAAUGCACCCCACCUAAGACUCACUAAAGGGGCCAAGUUUGUUCAAGUUGUCAUAUGAAGACCAUUCAUCAGCACUUCACAAUAUAAACGUGUGUGAAUGUGUAUUAAUGCAUGGAACUUUGUGGUGCAACUUUGUCUUUUUCCUUUCGAGUUGCUGUGGUCUUUUGUCUCAGAAACUGUUACUGUUGUUUCCAUUUCUUUGCACAAUUAACCAAAGGUGACGAGCAAAAAUGGGUUUGAGCGGAAAAGUUCCAUUUUCCAAGAGAGAGUACACAGACCAACAGCCACCAGGCUGCCGUCUGGACCCAAACAUCUCCCUGUACUGUACAAAGCAAUAAAUCCAUAGUAACAGUUCUGGUCCAAGCAAACAUCCUCAACAUGUAACAGUUUUUUAUGCAUUUGUUCCAAGUGAGUGUUUUUGUGAUAACAAAUGUAGAAAAAUGCACACAAUUAGAAAAAAAAGAAACUAUAAUAAUCUAGAAUAUAUCAUAGAAUAUUUAGUCCGAUGCAAACAUCUUUGACAAUGUGACAAAGCAAAGAGUUUGCGAAGGGGCUGCUCACCAGAUGAGAAUGAUAAGCGGGGCUCCGUGAACAACGGAUGCUCCUCUUCUUUUGUUUUUCUUAUUGUGUCCCUUCUUUCUCUCGAUCUGUUUUUCGUUUGCUCAAUGGCCCGUUUCCCUUCUGACCCACGUGUACCAUCCCUUUUCCUUGUGUACUUCCUGAUUUCAUUGUCUGAACAGUCAGUGGCGUUUAAGGACAUGAACUGAUUCUGUAUUUUCCAAAAAAAAAAAAAAGGCAAAUGUGCAACUUAAAGUAGUUCAAGUUUCCUGUUUUUGUGCCUCCAAAGUUAAAGUGUAAUUCUAUGCCUUCUGUUGCUGUGUAAACUGAGAGGUUUGUUGGUGUCAAAAGGAAAUACUCUACAUCAUUUUCUAAAAAAAAAAAAAUCAAAAA